AUGCCUUCCCGGUUAUCAACCCCGGUUCUCACCGUGGACACGGCGAAGAUUCACAAGGUGGACACGGCCAACACGCAGAGUCUCCAUGGAAUGUGGAUGGUAUUUUCCAAAUGUGCCGACUACAUGGAGGAAGGUCGUCGACUCGAAAAUCUGAGUUGGCGUCUCUGGACACGUGAGACGUUCUGUGUGGAACCGGAAACUUCCAGUGAUACCUCGGUUUUGCCACUCCUGCGUCAGGAGGCAGGUGAUCUUCCUGAACUCUCCGCCAGUGUCGAAUCUGCUGCUUCCGAUCAAGCGGAAAAAAUCGAACACCACAUCAAACGUCCCAAGUGUAUGGACUACAAACCCGCUGUCGUCCGCGAAGAUUCCCUGGCGAGCCUCGGUCGCGGCAAGGAGAAGCAUCUGACUUCAUUGGAUCUGGAACGCAUGGUAUUGAACAUCAAAGAGAAGAAGAGUCUGGAGCCGUUGGCGCCCGUGAUGACUACCGUUGCCCCUCCUGUCGUCGACAUUACUCCUCGGCCAUCUACGCCCACUCCCGCCCCUUCCUCGGACUCUACCUCGAAGAGAACGCCGACGUAUCGGAUGAAGCAACACCCCCAUACCUCUACCGAGUCGUGUUCUACCACAGCCCCCGAUUAUAACGAAAGUGACGCCGCCAACGUGACGGCGUCCGAUACCAGCGUCUCUUCCUCGGGGAUCCUUCCCACACGUCCGGAGCUGAUCAAGUCCCCCAGCAUUGUUCGCGGAUUCUCACCUUCCCUUGUUUCAUCUUCGUACCGGUCGCAAGCUAAACUCGCCACGGACCCAAGCCCUUCGAGAAACUCAACACAACUGAAACCCGCACCGAUGAAGAAGAAGGGUGGCAUGUUCACUCUGGGUGGUUCUUCCGGGGAUGAUGAUGAAAGCUCUUUCGAGGACCGCAUGGCCAUGCAAGGCCCGCAUCGCAGUUCUCUUUCGGAUGAACUGGGCAAGCCUGCGAACCAAACGCCCAAGAAGACGGCGACGUUCAAGGAGCAACCAGGAGAGAUCAAGCCGAUCAGGGAACGCAAUGACAACGACGAAGACGCUAUCGAGACCGAAGACGAAGUCUCUGAGAGCGCCAUCGAGGAUGACGAAGACUCCGACUGGGAAGAUUCGGUAACGGAAAGUGGACGAUCAAGCGUGGAGGAGAGAGAAAUGUUCCAACGGGUCGAUUCCAAGCCUAACCUCGUUUCUCGACGCUCUCUCUUGACCAUGAUGAUGCAUCAGCCAACAAAGAUGGGAGCGACCCGGUCCAGUCCGGCCUUGCAGCGUUCUCGCCUUACGUCACCUAAUGGACCUUCCAUCCCUGCCUCUCCUCCCGAUGAUGAUAACGAGAGCUUGACCAUGCGCGGUCCCGACGUUCCUCGCUCCAAGCCGAUUAUCAUGAAACCCGCCCCGCAGUCUGUUGCCCACUCUCCCCGGACUACCCGGAGAAACAUGCUUGCGACCGAGUUGACCGAGUCUCUGAGACGCCAUCUACUCUGGGAGCGUCAGCAGAAGAGUGCCACCGCCAACGCAUUCCUCAAACGACGACACACCGCUCACGACGGCAUGGCCAAUCUGCAAGAAUACCCCAAGGGUGGACAAGGAUCCGGUCAAGAAUCUGCAGGCAAAGACAAAUCUGGCUCUUUGAAUCACUACAAUGAUUUCGGACCUUGGGAAUACCAUGUGAAAGGAUGGUAG